GCGGUGAGCAGGAGCAUGAAUGGUCUUACUCUGACAGCGCAUCGAGUAACUCAUCUCUAUAUAAACCCUAGGUAGGGUUUUUGGUCGAGGGGUGAGACGAUAGGCAGGCAGACGGCGCAGGACUGUGAGGAAGUGAAAGGAUGUCUCACCGGAAGUUCGAGCACCCCAGGCAUGGGUCUCUUGGCUUUCUCCCGAGAAAGCGAGCUUCUCGUCAUAGAGGGAAAGUGAAGUCUUUCCCUAGGGAUGACCCAAGCAAGCCCUGCAAGCUCACAGCCUUCCUUGGGUACAAGGCUGGAAUGACGCACAUUGUCAGAGAAGUUGAAAAGCCUGGAUCGAAGCUUCACAAGAAGGAGACAUGUGAAGCUGUGACAAUCGUAGAAACUCCACCGAUGAUUGUUGUUGGGGUGGUGGCUUAUGUGAAAACGCCUCGUGGCCUUCGUUCUUUGAACACUGUUUGGGCUCAACAUCUUAGUGAGGAGCUGAGGAGGAGAUUCUAUAAGAACUGGUGCAAAUCCAAGAAGAAGGCCUUUACGAAGUAUUCGAAGAAAUAUGAAAGUGAGGAAGGAAAGAAAGACAUUCAGUCACAACUAGAGAAAAUGAAGAAGUACGCAUCUGUUAUUCGUGUUUUGGCUCACACCCAGAUAAAGAAGAUGAAGGGUUUGAAACAGAAAAAGGCACACUUGAUGGAGAUUCAGGUAAAUGGUGGGACGAUUGCGCAGAAGGUGGACUUUGCUUAUGGCUUCUUUGAGAAGCAAAUCCCUAUCGAUGCUGUUUUCCAGAAAGAUGAAAUGAUUGACAUUAUUGGGGUGACUAAGGGUAAAGGUUAUGAAGGUGUGGUCACUCGUUGGGGUGUAACUCGCCUGCCUCGUAAGACCCACAGAGGUCUGAGGAAGGUGGCCUGUAUUGGUGCCUGGCAUCCUGCCAGGGUCUCCUUCACAGUUGCUAGGGCUGGCCAGAAUGGGUAUCACCAUCGUACCGAAAUGAACAAGAAGAUCUACAAGCUUGGGAAGGCAGGGCAGGAGUCCCAUACAGCUGUCACAGAAUUUGACAGGACGGACAAGGAUAUAACUCCCAUGGGAGGGUUCCCUCACUAUGGUGUGGUGAAGGAUGAUUAUCUUCUUAUCAAGGGCUGCUGUGUGGGGCCCAAAAAGAGGGUGGUUACGCUUCGCCAGUCCCUGCUGAAGCAGACUUCCCGUGUUGCUCUUGAGGAUAUCAAGCUCAAAUUCAUUGACACAUCCUCAAAAUUCGGUCACGGCCGUUUCCAGACCACUCAGGAGAAGCAGAAGUUCUAUGGACGCCUCAAGGCUUAGACUCUUUUCAAGAAAUCUUCAAUGCGUUUGGGAGGUAGGUAGUUAUCUAAUCUUGCGAGGAAUUUUGGUGAAUUGUUGCCCUUUUUUAUGCUUUUUAUUAUUGAGACCAGUGCUUUAGUGGCACCAACAGUACCGUCGUAUCGUUUUUUGAGAAACGUUAUUAUAUGAGAAAUCUGGAAUGGAGGGUUGCGACUUUUGAAUACCAUUUUAGCCUCUGAAAUGCCUACUUGGAGGCACAGUCUGUGAUGGUUGUUUAUUUGAGAAACCUACUUACUGGAAUUUUGGAAUGGACGGUUGAGAAUGACUCCACCACU